GUAAAUGACUCUCCAACAAUAGGCUUAUCCUGUCGCGAAGUGGUAGGCUUGAUCAGCAGGUCGGAUCAGUUCGUGGACUUGCUGAUCGAACGACAGAUCUCUUUCUCAUUUGAUGGAUCCACGGCUAUGUCUAUCGCUCAUCGUCAUUCAGAAACUCAGCACCAUUCUUCUCAAACCAAUCAAGCUGAUGAUAUUCCCGGAAGGCAAAUCCAGAUAAAACAGAUUAAGCAGCGUUCUCAGCCACAGAUAACAAACCCACAUGGUUCGCAUCAUGCUAUGCAUUCGUCUUCUCAAAGAACCCGCCGCCUAGAAAACAGAGGACCGAAUUUGUGUCCUAGCCAGAGUUUUAAUGACUCAGUUGGCCCGGUGUUUGGUAGAACAGGAAGCCAGACUCAAGAUGAAUCCGGGGCAGGCAGGGCUCUUUCUCCAAAUUUUUCUCAGGCUUGCAUUUCGAACCGAGCGGGUCAGAGAAAUGCUGGAGCAAGUGGCAGAUUGGAGUCUGAUUACGGGCAACAUGAUGGUGAAGACUUUCGCCGAGAGGAGGCUUCUCAUUCAAAUGAACGCAUCAGGCUCACUUCACAUUUUAGGCGAUCCAUCAGUCAACAUCGUGUUGGGAAAUCUUCGGACGCUGCUAAGCAGGAGCUGAUUGAGUUGAGCCAAGAUGUCCCGCUUUUAUCUUCUAGUCAUCUUUAUUCCUCGCGUCAAUAUCAGCUAAAACAGCAACAGCCGUUGCAAUACCGAGCUACACAACAUAAGCAGCAAGAGGAAUAUCCGAGCAUAGUGCCUCAAGCCAUUUUGCAAGCAGACAAUUCGACAGGGCAUCGAUAUGCACAGCAAAGCCACGCUCGAGAUGUACCUGUUUCCUCAAUGCCAUAUUCACAGGACCAACACCAACGUCAACUUCAACACUACUCUCAGAUGAAAUCAAAGUCAGAAAACCUAACUAGAUCUUCAUUGCAACCCCAAUUAAUCUCGAAGUCUGAGUCUGGUGGUAAAUGCUCCUCGUCUGGCCGCGUAGUCCAGGUGGUGCAGGGGAAACGUGGAAAAACUGAUCGACGGCCAUUGUCAGCCAACCUAGUAACAGGGUACAAGGAUGUACAGCGUGAAAGAAUAGGAAGAGAAAACGAAGAUGAAAGAAGGAGGCAGGAAGGCGAUGAAGAGAAGGAAGAGAGCAGGGAAGAAGAAGACACUGCCGUAAACAUAAGGCUACCAGAUGAGGCAUGGAGGGCCAGAAAUGUGUCUAUGGGACACUCCGCUCCGGGCCAAUUGCAUCAUACGAGUCUGGGCAGAAAAAAGUUGGAGAAAAGACAGGAUAACAGUUAG